AUGGCUAAGUCGCCGCCUGAUUUGUCAGCCAUGCCAUUAUGGGUUGAUUUAAGGGGAGUUCCCAGCCAUCUUUAUUCGCAGUGUGGUCUAAGGUUUCUCUCAUCUACAUCAGGGAAGUUUGUGAAACUGCAUCCCAAUACGCUUCGAUCCCAAUACGCUUCGGUUGGAGUGAUAUAUCCAUGGCUUCCUCCACGCUGUUCAAUGUGCCACAAAUGGGGACACCUCAUGAAGGAGUGUAAAGAUGCUGAAGUCCGCAUCCUCAAGAAGGGUGAUGGUGUGAAGGUGGGCUCCGCUGGCCUUACAACUGAUGGCUCUGUCCUUGGGGUCGUAUCAGAGGAUGUAGGGCAUCAUGAACCCCUUGAUGCUGACGGCCAUGAUUGGGAGAAAGUAACUUGUCAUGGUCGUACUUCACCGAUUAAAGAAUCUUCUGCGGCUCCAACAUCAGUGGACACUGGGAUUGGGAGGUACCAGCAGGGGGAUUCAUCUCCUUCUCGGUUUGUGAUACUAGCAGGCAGAGAUGAAAAAGGAGAACUGGAAGAGGGGGAAGUAGAGCCUAGUCAAUGUGAUGAAGAGGAUAGUGCUAAUUUAGUGGACAGUGAAGCUGAGUCAGUAGCAAAGGAGAGCAAUCGGGUACGUAAGGCUACCGCUGAUGUUAAGCUAAGCAUCGGCCUAAGACUCCUAGAAAGCCGACUGCGAGCCCCAGGGAUCUUAAAAAGUUUGGUAGCUUAG